AUUAUGCACAGACAUCUUCAUAGAUCUUCUCGAAAAUGUUCGAAGAAGCGCCACAGAACGCAAUAGGGUUUGAGCUCCUAUGAAGCCGUUGGAAAAAUCUUCUACUAUCACUCUCAUUACCGCCAUCACAAAUCUUUAUUGACUUUAACAUAAUGGCUGACAACAACUUACGUCUUGGAAGCGUCGUUCCAAACUUCUCUGCUGAAACCACUCAUGGUGACAUCCAAUUCCAUGAUUGGAUCGGUGAGAAAUGGGCCAUCCUUUUCUCUCACCCUGAUGACUUCACACCCGUUUGCACAACCGAAUUGGGUCGUGUAAGUCAAUUGGAACCCGAAUUCACCAAGCGUGGUGUCAAGUUGAUCGGAUUAUCAGCCAACAGUGUCGAAUCUCAUGACCGUUGGAUCGCUGAUAUCGAAAAGCACACUUCAAAGGGAUCCAAGGUUAACUACCCAAUCAUCGGUGACAAGGACCGCAAGAUUGCCACCGAAUUCGGUAUGUUGGAUUACCAAGACAUCACCAACGUUGACCAAAAGGGUUUGCCUUUGACCGUCCGUACCGUCUUCAUCAUUGACCCAAAGAAGACCAUCCGUUUGACAAUCUCAUACCCUGCUGCUGUCGGCCGUAACUUUGACGAAAUCCUUCGUGUUAUUGACUCUCUUCAAGGAGGAGACAAGUACAAGUUCACCACACCAGUUGACUGGCAACCAGGACAGGAUGUCAUCAUCCCUCCACCAAUCAAGAACGGACCUGCUGAACAACUCAACAAGCUCUUCCCUGGUGAGAAGCGUGAGGUUUUGCCUUACUUGACCUACCACAAGGACCCAACCGCUCAAGCUUGAACAAGUUGGAACACCCAAAAAAAA